AUUCUCAUCCGUUUUCUCCUAAAAACCGAUUAGAACGACACUCAGACACAGACACAUACCACCACACCUCCCUCUCUUUCUCUCUCCUCAUUGCUGUAUUUCUUACCCAAUUUUUUAGGGUUUCCGAUUCAUCCAUUUUUCUCUCUCUUCCAUUUCAUUCCGAAGAUCUUGCGGAUUUUUUUGGUGAUAUCUCUUUUUUUUUUAUUUUCGUCUGUCUUGGCUCGAGAUCCGGGCCAAGUACAGGAGGGAAGGAGAAAUUUGCGGCGGUUUGAUUGUUGGAGUUUGGAUUUUGGCUAGUGUUUCUUCGUGAUUUCGAUCGGUUCUUGUUGGAGUUUUUGAGGCUUUUUAUGCUGUUGUAAUCAAUUUGAGGGCUUGAAAAUGGCGUCGGAGGGAUUCUUGACAGAAGAGCAGAGGGAGAGGAUGAAGAUAGCUUCGAUGAAUGUAGAGAAUUCAGUACCGGUUCCUUCAAAGUUGUUAUCAACUUCACCUAAGAAUUUGUCCUCUUCGCCGAAAUUGACUUCUGCCUACCUUGCCGAUCACCAUGGAAAAACUGGUGGUGGAGGAGGAGGUGGUGGCAAGGCGCCUGCUGUGAGACAUGUUCGUAGGUCGCAUUCAGGCAAGCAUAUCAGAGUCAAGAAGGAGGGUGCUGGCGGUAAGGGAUGCUGGGGAAAGCUACUUGAUACUGAGUGUGAAGCGCAUCUUGACCGUAAUGAUCCUAACUAUGAUAGUGGCGAGGAGCCAUACAAGCUUGUUGAAGCAACCGUCACUGACCCCUUGGAUGAUUACAAGAAAGCUGUGGUUUCAAUUAUAGAGGAGUAUUUCAACAAUGGUGUGGUUGAAGUGGCUGCGUCUGAUCUCCGAGAACUAGGAUCAAGUGAAUACCAUCCUUAUUUCAUCAAGAGGCUUGUGUCAAUGGCUAUGGACAGGCAUGAUAAGGAGAAAGAGAUGGCUUCUGUUUUGCUUUCAGAUCUUUAUGCAGAUGUCAUCAGUCCAUCCCAGAUCAGUCAAGGUUUCAUUCUACUGCUCGAGUCUGCAGAUGACCUCUCUGUUGAUAUUCCUGAUGCAGUUAAUGUGCUUGCAUUAUAUGUUGCCCGUGCUGUUGUUGAUGACAUCCUUCCUCCGGCAUUUGUCACAAGGGUUCAGAAAAAUCUUCCGGAAUCAUCCAAGGGGCUUCAGGCUGUUCAAAUUGCCGAGAAGAGCUAUCUCUCUGCUCCACACCACGCGGAACUCGUAGAGCGAAAAUGGGGUGGCAGUACUCACCUUACUGUCGAAGAAGUGAAGAAGAAGAUUGCUGAGCUGUUGAGGGAAUAUGUCGAGAAUGGAGAUGCAUUGGAAGCCUGUAGGUGCAUCAGAGAGCUGGGUGUUUCAUUUUUCCACCACGAGGUCGUGAAGAAAGCUUUGAUUCUUGGCAUGGAGACCAAAUCAACUGAACCUCUCAUUAUGAAGUUGUUGAAGGAAGCAUCUGAAGAAGGCGUUAUAAGCACGAGUCAGAUGAUAAAGGGGUUUUAUCGGGUUGAGGAGAGCCUUGACGACCUUUCUUUGGACAUACCAUCUGCCAGGUCACUGUUCCAGUCCUUUGUUCCUAGGGCAAUAUCUGAAGGAUGGCUUGAUGCUUCAUUUACAAAACUGACUACUGAUGGGGACUUCCCAAAACACAACGAUGAGAAGCUGAAACGGUACAAGGAGGAGAUAGUGACGAUUAUUCAUGAAUACUUUUUAUCUGAUGAUAUUCCUGAACUCAUUCAUAGUCUUCAAGAUCUUGGUGCCCCUGAGUUGAACCCAGUUUUCCUGAAAAAGCUGAUCACCCUUGCCAUGGACCGGAAAAACAGGGAGAAAGAGAUGGCAUCUGUUCUUCUCUCUGGGUUACAUAUAGAGAUUUUCUCCUCAGAGGAUAUUGUGAAUGGCUUUGUAAUGCUCUUAGAAUCUGCUGAAGACACGGCACUUGAUAUUUUAGAUGCGUCAAAUGAGCUUGCUCUUUUCCUGGCUAGGGCAGUGAUUGAUGAUGUUCUGGCCCCACUUAACCUCGAUGAGAUUGCAAGCAAGCUGCCACCCAACUGUAGCGGAAGUGAAACUGUACAUAUGGCGAGAUCACUUGUCUUCUCACGGCACGCGGGUGAGAGGAUCCUCCGUUGUUGGGGAGGUGGCUCGGGGUGGGCUGUGGAAGAUGCUAAGGACAAGAUAAUGAAACUUCUAGAAGAGUUUGAGAGCGGAGGUGUUGUUGGGGAAGCAUGCCAGUGCAUUAGGGAUCUUGGGAUGCCUUUCUUCAACCACGAGGUUGUGAAGAAAGCAUUAAUCAUGGCUAUGGAAAAGAAGAAUGACCGAAUGCUUGAUCUUCUUCAGGAGUGUUUCAGUGAGGGGCUUAUCACGAUCAACCAGUUGACUAAAGGGUUUGCUCGUAUCCAGGAUGGGCUCGAUGACCUGGCACUUGACAUUCCAAAUGCUCAGGUUAAAUUUGAAUCUUACAUGGAGCUUGCUAAGAAACGAAACUGGAUCCUGCCGGGUUUUGAUUCAAAUGGUGAGGAUGGCUCGUUGGCUGCAACUUCUUAAGAAAGAAAGAAAGUAAAAUACUCAACAUGGUUAUUUGGUGUUAGCGCAUUUACCUCUUCAGUACUGUGCUGUUAGUUGGCUCCUUAUGUUACUUUGAAUUUCUUGGUUUUCACCAUCUGAGAUAUGAUAGAGUUUAUUUUGAGGGUUAGAUGUAUAAAGAAAGUCUUCAUUUCUAUUAAAAUUGACUUGGUUUAGACUUGGGAAAACUUUUGCACUAGUUAUUUUGUAAGUUGACUGACUUUUUUGUUAGUUGAUACUUGAUGAUGACAUUGUUGAGUAGAA